AUGGCGAGUGAGGCGGUGCACUUAGAGAGUGUGGCGGUGCUCUUAGAGAGUGUGGAGGUGCGCUUAGAGAGUGUGGCGGUGGGCUUAAAGAGUGUGGCGGUGCGCUUCGAGAGUGUGGCGGUGCUCUUAGAGAGUGUGGCGGUGCGCGUAGAGAGUGUGACGGUGCGCUUAGAGAGUGUGGCGGUGCGCUUAGAGAGUGUGGCGGUGCGCUUCCAGAGUGUGGUGGUGCUCUUAGAGAGUGUGGCGGUGCGCGUAGGGAGUGUUUCGUGGGAUGGUGCGCUUGGGAGUGGGGUGGUGCGCUUGGGAGUGGGGUGGUCCGCUUGGGAGUGGGGUGGUCCGCCCCAUUCUCCCGCUUUCCAUCACCCCGCCCCAUUCUCCCGCUUUCCAUCACCCCGCCUGAUUCUCCCGCUUUCCAUCACCCCGCCCCAUUCUCCCGCUUUCCAUCACCCCGCCCCAUUCUCCCGCUUUCCAUCACCCCGCCUCAUUCUCCCUCUUUCCAUCACCCCGCCCCAUUCUCCCCCUUUCCAUCACCCCGCCCCAUUCUCCCGCUUUCCAUCACCCCGCCCCAUUCUCCCGCUUUCCAUCACCCACCCCAUUCUCCCGCUUUCCAUCACCCCGCCCCAUUCUCCCGCUUUCCAUCACCCCGCCCCAUUCUCCCGCUUUCCAUCACCCCGCCCCAUUCUCUCUCUUUCCAUCACCCCGCCCCGUUCUCCCGCUUUCCAUCACCCGCCCUGUUCUCCCGCUUUCCAUCACCCCGCCCCAUUCUCCCGCUUUCCAUCACCCCGCCCCAUUCUCCCUCUUUCCAUCACCCCGCCCCAUUCUCCCUCUUUCCAUCACCCCGCCCCAUUCUCCCGCUUUCCAUCACCCCGCCCCAUUCUCCCGCUUUCCAUCACCCACCCCAUUCUCCCGCUUUCCAUCACCCCGCCCCAUUCUCCCGCUUUCCAUCACCUCGCCCCAUUCUCCCGCUUUCCAUCACCCCGCCCCAUUCUCCCUCUUUCCAUCACCCCGCCCCGUUCUCCCGCUUUCCAUCACCCGCCCUGUUCUCCCGCUUUCCAUCACCCCGCCCCAUUCUCCCGCUUUCCAUCACCCCGCCCCAUUCUCCCUCUUUCCAUCACCCCGCCCCAUUCUCCCUCUUUCCAUCACCCCGCCCCAUUCUCCCUCUUUCCAUCACCCCGCCCCAUUCUCCCGCUUUCCAUCACCCCGCCCCAUUCUCCCUCUUUCCAUCACCCGCCCCAUUCUCCCGCUUUCCAUCACCCGCCCCAUUCUCCUGCUUUCCAUCACCCCACCCCAUUUUCCCGCUUUCCAGCACCCCACCCCAUUCUCCCGCUUUCCAUCACCCCGCCCCAUUCUCCCGCUUUCCAGCACCCCGCCCCAUUCUCCCGCUUUCCAUCGCCCCGCCCCAUUCUCCCUCUUUCCAGCACCCCGCCCCAUUGUCCCGCUUUCCAUCGCCCCGCCCGAUUCUCCCGCUUUCCAUCACCCCUCCCCAUUCUCCCGCUUUCCAGCACUUCGCAUCGUUCUCCCGCUUUCCAUCACCCCGCCCGAUUCUCCCGCUAUCCAUCACCCCGCCCCGUUCUUCCGCUUUCCAUCACCCCGCCCCAUUCUCCCUCUUUCCAUCACCCCGCCCCAUUCUCCCGCUUUCCAUCACCCGCCCCAUUCUCCCGCUUUUCAUCACACCGCCCCAUUCUCCCGCUUUCCAUCACCCCGCCCGAUUCUCCCUCUUUCCAUCACCCCGCCCCAUUCUCCCUCUUUCCAUCACCCCGCACCAUUGUCCCGCUUUCCAUCACCCCGCCCCAUUCUCCCUCUUUCCAUCACCCCGCCUCAUUCUCCCGCUUUCCAGCACCCCGCACCGUUCUCCCGCUUUCCAUCACCCCGCCCAAUUCUUCCGCUAUCCAUCACCCCGCCCCGUUCUCCCGCUUUCCAUCACCCCGCCCCAUUCUCCCGCUUUCCAUCACCCCGCCCCAUUCUCCCUCUUUCCAUCACCCCGCCCCAUUCUCCCGCUUUCCAUCACACGCCCCGUUCUCCUGCUUUCCAUCACCCCGCCCCAUUCUCCCGCUUUCCAUCACGCCGCCCCAUUCUCCCUCUUUCCAUCACCCCGCCCCAUUCUCCCUCUUUCCAUCACCCCGCCCCAUUCUCCCUCUUUCCAUCACCCCGCCCCAUUCUCCCGCUUUCCAUCACCCCGUCCCAUUCUCCCUCUUUCCAUCACCCCGCCCCAUUCUCCCUCUUUCCAUCACCCCGCCCCAUUCUCCCUCUUUCCAUAACCCCGCCCCAUUCUCCCGCUUUCCAUCACCCCGCCCCAUUCUCCCACUUUCCAGCACCCCGCCCCAUUCUUCCGCUUUCCAUCACCCCGCCCCAUUCUCCCGCUUUCCAGCACCCCGCCUUAUUCUCCCGCUUUCCAUCACCCCGCCCGAUUCUCCCGCUUUCCAGCACCCCGCCCCAUUCUCCCGCUUUCCAUCACCCCGCCCCAUUCUCCCGCUUUCCAUCACCCCGCCCCAUUCUCCCGCUUUCCACCACCCUGCCCCAUUCUCACGCUUUCCAUCACCCCGCCCCAUUCUCCCUCUUUCCAUCACCCCGCCCCAUUCUCCCUCUUUCCAUCACCCCGCCCCAUUCUCCCGCUUUCCAUCACCCCGCCCCAUUCUCCCUCUUUCCAUCACCCCGCCCCAUUCUCCCGCUUUCCAUCACACGCCCCGUUCUCCUGCUUUCCAUCACCCCGCCCCAUUCUCCCGCUUUCCAUCACGCCGCCCCAUUCUCCCUCUUUCCAUCACCCCGCCCCAUUCUCCCUCUUUCCAUCACCCCGCCCGAUUCUCCCGCUUUCCAGCACCCCGCCCCAUUCUCCCGCUUUCCAUCACCCCGCCCCAUUCUCCUGCUUUCCAUCACCCCGCCCCAUUCUCCCGCUUUCCACCACCCUGCCCCAUUCUCACGCUUUCCAUCACCCCGCCCCAUUCUCCCUCUUUCCAUCACCCCAACCCAUUCUCCCUCUUUCCAUCACCCCGCCCCAUUCUCCUGCUUUCCAUCACCCCGCCCCAUUCUCCCGCUUUCCAUCACCCCGCCCCAUUCUCCCGCUUUCCAUCACUCUGCCCCAUUCUCCCGCUUUCCAUCACCCCGCCCCAUUCUCCCUCUUUCCAUCACCCCGCCCCAUUCUCCCGGUUUCCAUCACCCUGCCCCAUUCUCCCGCUUUCCAUCACCCCGCCCCAUUCUCCCUCUUUCCAUCACCCCCCCAUUCUCCCGCUUUCCAUCACCCCGCCCCAUUCUCCCGCUUUUCAGCACCCCGCCCCAAUGGAAAGCGGGAGAAUGGGGAGGGGUGCUGGAAAGCGGGAGAAUGGGGCGGGUGAUGGAAAGCAGGACAGCCUUAAAACGCGCAAGGAUCCGCACAUGUGGAGGAAGUGCAGCGGGCGCUCUCCAUUCGCGAGCGGCAAUGACCAAUGA